CUGCGGAGGAAGGUCUUUCUCUGACAAACAGGAUUGUGCGUUAAAGUGCUUUAGCUAACGAAGGCAAUUAUUUUCCUGCUGUAAGGUAGGAAGGACAUCGUUGACCUGUGGUUUUAACGUACGUGCUCUAUGUCCACAACAAAUUCUCGUUUUUGCUUCUAUGUUCCACAACAAAUUCUCGUUUUUGCUUCUAUGUUCCACAACAAAUUCUCGUUUUUGCUUCUAUGUUCCACAACAAAUUCUCGUUUUUGCUUCUAUGUUCCACAACAAAUUCUCGUUUUUGCUUCUAUGUUCCACAACAAAUUCUCGUUUUUGCUUCUAUGUUCCACAACAAAUUCUCGUUUUUGCUUCUAUGUUCCACAACAAAUUCUCGUAUUUGCUUCUAUGUUCCACAACAAAUUCUCGUUUUUGCUUCUAUGUCCACAACAAAUUCUCGUUUUUGCUUCUAUGUUCCACAACAAACUCUUAAUUUCCUUUCAGACUCACAUAUUCCUUAUUUCUCUAAUGAUGAAUCAUAUUCUUCUAGUUUUUAAUGGUGUAUUAUAACUAACUCUUCCACCUUACCCUUUCCCCGUCUUCCACAUAACCCAGUUUCUAUCCUCCACAUUACCAAACCCCGUCCUCCACAUUACCCAGUCUCCGUCUUCCACAUUACCCAGUCCCUGUCCUGCACAUUUUUACACAUUUUUAAGAAAAUAACCAGUGGGUCCAAGCGUAACAAUUAAAAAGGGUUAACCUCUUAUAUAUGCCAUCCUUUAAACAAUAGUCCUACAGCCAGUCCUACACCCAGCCCACUGGCCUUUAAACAAUAGUCCUACAGACAGUCCUACACCCUACCCGCUGGCCUUUAAACAAUAGUCCUACAGACAAUCCUACACCCUACCCGCUGGCCUUUAAACAAUAUACAUUGUGGGUCCGAAUAGCGGCCAAGAGUGUCCAUGUCCCUUAGUUUAGACUAAAUGCUAUUCGGAUGUCAUUUGUUGUAGUUCACCAAAGAAGUAGGUUCACAAACAUGUCGCCCAUUCAAUUAUCUUUCAUUUGAUCCCUCAUUUUGUCUUACAAAACCUACACUAAUCUUUAAAUAUUUUGUUUAUCAUCACAAACUCUCACUUUUGAUACCCGGAUCCGAAUAGCCGCAGCCUCAAACAAUGGGCCCUAUAGACAGUCCUUCACCAUACCCAUGGCUCUUUAAACAAUGGGUCCCACAGACAACAUUUCACCAUACCCAUGGCUCUUUAAACAAUGGGCCCUACAGACAGUCCUUCACCAUACCCGUGGCUCUUUAAACAAUGGGCCCUACAGACAGUCCUUCACCAUGCCCGUAGCUCUUUAAACAAUGGGCCCUAUAGACAGUCCUUCACCAUACCCGUGGCUCUUUAAACAAUGGGCCCUAUAUACAGUCCUUCACCAUACCCAUGGCUCUUUAAACAAUGGGCCCUAUAGACAGUCCUUCACCAUACCCGUGGCUCUUUAAACAAUGGGCCCUAUAGAAAGUCCUUCACAAUACCCAUGGCUCUUUAAACAAUUGGCCCUACAGACAGUCCUUCACCAUGCCCGUGGCUCUUUAAACAAUGGGCCCCACAGACAACAAUUCACCAUACCCGUGGCUCUUUAAACAAUGGGCCCUACAGACAGUCCUUCACCAUGCCCGUAGCUCUUUAAACAAUGGGCCCUAUAGACAGUCCUUCACAAUACCCAUGGCUCUUUAAACAAUGGGCCCUAUAGACAGUCCUUCACCAUACCCGUGGCUCUUUAAACAAUUGGCCCUACAGACAGUCCUUCACCAUACCCGUGGCUCUUUAAACAAUUGGCCCUACAGACAGUCCUUCACCAUACCCGUGGCUCUUUAAACCAUGGGCCCUACAGACAGUCCUUCACCAUACCCGUGGCUCUUUAAACAAUGGGCCCUACAGACAGUCCUUCAACAUACCCGUGGCUCUUUAAACAAUGGGCCCUAUAGACAGUCUUUCACCAUACCCGUGGCUCUUUUUUGAUUAAUAAUAAAUAGGAGCCUCCACACUAAAAAAUAAAAAAACAACAACUAUUUUUCCGAGUUCAACCAUCACGCAUGACGCUCACUGCAUUGCGGCUGCGUGACAGCCUUUCCCCCCCUCCCCACUCAGUACUCUUGAUAUAAGAUGUGAAGUUAAAGGGGGGGGGCGUACGAAGAAGAAGCAGGACUCAAUAGAGAGCAAAAUAUACGUAAGAUAUAUAAAUAUAUAUUAACCAUGUUAAAUCCAGUGAUGACCUGUAGAAUUGUCUUGUGACCAGCUUUGAGUAAAUGAGAGCGUCCAGUGAUCACAUGUCUUGUGACAAGAUGUGCUCACUCUGUGACCUAGUGGCAGAUUUAGUGGUCAAGGUCGAUCAGUCGGAACUCUGAACGUCCCAAUCUAAGUUUACUUAUUAAAUUGGAGUCGGAGCAUUUUCCCCGGGGGGGGGGAGGGGGGGUGUCAAAGGAAAUACGACAUCGAAAGUCAAAAUUCGUAGGCUCAUUUUUACUGGUACAACAUCCACACUUCACCCUCUCAUUGAUAUCGGUACAACAUCCACACUUCACCUUCCCAUUGAUAUCGGUACAGCAUCCACCCUUCGCCCUCCCAUUGAUAUCGGUACAGCAUCCACCCUUCGCCCUCUCAUUAUAUCGGUACAGCAUCCACCCUUCGCCCUCUCAUUGAUAUCGGUACAACAUCCACCCUUCGCCCUCUCAGUGAUAUCGGUACAGCAUCCACACUUCGCCCUCUCAUUGAUAUCGGUACAGCAUCCAAUCGUGACCCUCACAUUGAUAUCGGUACAAGAUACACAAUUCACCCUCUCAUUGAUAUCGGUACAGCAUCCACACUUCACCCUCCCAUUGAUAUCGGUACAACAUCCACACUUCACCCUCCCAUUAGUAUCGGUACAACAUCCACACUUGGCCCUCUCAUUGAUAUCGGUACCACAUCCACACUUUACCCUUCUAUUGGUAUUGGUACAACAUCCACACUUCGCCCUCCCAUUGUUAUCGGUACAACAUCCACACUUUAUCCUCCUCUUGGUAUCGGUGCAGCAUCCACACUUCACCCUUCCACUGAUAUCGGUACAACAUUCACACUUUACCCUUCUAUUGCUCUCGGUACAGCAUCCACACUUCACCCUUCCACUGAUGUCGGUACAACAUAAUUACGUUACUUUUCUAUAGCUACAACGCACUUGUUCAACUCGUCUUAGGGAAAAUAGAAUUGGUGAAAUCCGUUUACUUUUGUGUCGGUAUCAUACAUUUAUUUUGAGGUUGCUUAGUUUUCGUUACUUGCCCAAACCCUAACCUCUCCAGUUCAAACCCAAGCCUAUUUGGUUGUUAAAGUUUACCUAAGAAGGGACUGAUCAGGUAACUUGACAUUUGAAAGGAAAGUGAAUGCAAAUACGCGCAUACACUUUCAAUCCGUCUAGGCCAGGGGUCGGGAACCUUUUAGUCUGAGAGAGAGCCAUGGACACCACAUACCUUGAAAAGUAAUUCUAUGAGAGCCAUACAUUAUAUUUAAAGUAACACACGUCACACCUAAAAAAAUCAAAACAUACAUAACAUUUUCAUAACUAAACUAAGUUUUAAAAAAAAUUCUUUAACAUUUUCCCAUAAUGGAUUAAGAUGAUGUAUUAUUAGAAAACUGUGUUUCAUCGUACCUAUGACUAUGAUACCUGAGGCAAUUUCGACCUCAAAUUAAUGUUUUUUUAAAUUAAUUAAUUACAGAUUUUUUUCAAAAUUAGAAAAUUUUAGAUUAAAAAAAAAAAAAAAAAAAAAAAAAAAAAAAAAGGUGACGUCACAAUUUUUUUUACCCCUCUUCCCGUCACAAAAUGUCACAAAUUCUCGACCCCCUCCCUGCCCCUUUUUCCCCCUGAGCGUGACGUAAUUUGCGAACGACCCCUAGGUACUUCCAGAGGAAGCUGACCUUCUCAACAAUGCGCACUGCAGGAUUUAAGCGAUCAGUGAGUCCACCAAUAGCAUUGUCCCUUAUGACAAAGAAGGCAGACUUUCUGAAAUAUGCUUCCUCCCCCAGGAUAUGCACCACUUUAACCUUGUUUUGAUAAAUCUUCUGCAGUACCUUGAUAAUGGAACCACUUUAUUUUUCUUCCCCCCCCCUCUCCCUCCCCCCACGGGUUCCAGAGAGUUUCACGUCCACGCACAAAUUAGAAGCAACCUGCUUAUCUUCNCUUCUCAACAAUGCGCACUGCAGGAUUUAAGCGAUCAGUGAGUCCACCAAUAGCAUUGUCCCUUAUGGCAAAGAAGGCAGAAUUUCUGAAAUAUGCUUCCUCCCCCAGGAUAUGCACCGCUUUAACCUUGUUUUGAUAAAUCUUCUGCAGUACCUUGAUAAUGGAACCACUUUAUUUUUCUUCCCCCCCCCUCUCCCUCCCCCCACGGGUUCCAGAGAGUUUCACGUCCACGCACAAAUUAGAAGCAACCUGCUUAUCUUCGUGCCACAUACUUUUUCAGUUGUUUUUUUCCGACCAUUUUUCAGUUCUGAAAUCAAGCUUUUUUAAGUUGGACACUAAGUCAUCCAGUGUUGCAUUUAUAGACUGGAUAACCUUGCUGCAGCUAUCAAAUGGAACUUAUACUGUGCACCAUACAACAGACAUCAGCGCUUAAAUGAAGGAUGUGACAUAAGACAACGCUCCACACAACAGACAUCUGCUCUUAAGUGAAGGAUGUGACAUAAGACAACGCUCCACACAACAGACAUCAUCACUUAAAUGAAGGAUGGGACAUAAGACAAUGCUUCACACAACAGACAUCUGUACUUAAAUGAAGGAUGUGACAUAAGACAACGCUCCACACAACAGACAUCUGCACUUAAAUGAAGGAUGUGACAUAAGACAAUGCUCCACACAACAGACAUCUGCACUUAAAUGAAGGAUGUGACAUAAGACAACGCUCCACACAACAGACAUCUGGACUUAAAUGAAGGAUGUGACAUAAGACAACGCUCCACACAACAGAUAUCAGCACUUAAAUGAAGUAUGUGACAUAAGACAACGCUCCACACAACAGACAUCUGCACUUAAAAGAAGUAUGUGACAUAAGACAAAGCUCCAUUUUUAUCUGUGUUCUUGUUUGUGGCACUUUGGUUAAACUCAAAGAGGUCUUUUCGUAAUGCAAAUUUGAUGCCUCACAUGUGGGAUACUAAGAGCUUUAAACGUCCAACAUGGUCUGACCAUCGUGUGCACGUAAUAUUUAAUCCAGACUCCUGCAUUUUUAACUAUUUAAGGUAAGGUCUCAUUUAAGUAACCAAAAAGCACCAAUGUCUAUAGCAGGUCGGCACAACUCAAAAUUAAAGGCGGGCCGUUAUCCUUAAUGAAAAAUUUGCGCAUGCCGAAAAAAAAAUAGGACAAGAAAGGGGGGGGGGAGCUAUUAAGAAAAUAAUAAUAAAAGAGAUUAUUUCGUGACUUCGUAGGCCGCCAAAAUGGUGCUGCCAAGCCGCAAGGGGCCCAUGGGCCGUAAGCUGGGCAGGCCUGGCCUAUAGGACUGUAUCUAUGAUACACCACUAGCAUUGCUUUUGUUGCUCCCCCCAUUAAAUGUAGAAUGAUGCUAAAAAAAAUUUCAGGUAUUCGCCAAAAUACAUCAAUACAUUUUGAAUUUAUCCAAUUUUUCUGAGGAGGAGUUCAAUGUUUUCAUUUAUGAUUUAUAACGCUUCGUCUUACAGCCACCGACACACUGCAGCCUGAACUUCACACUGCAGCCUGACCUUCUCACUGCAGCCUGACCUUCACACUGCAGCCUGACCUUCACACUGCAGCCUGACCUUCACACUGCAGUCUGACAUUCACACUGCAGCCUGACCUUCACACUGUAGCCUGACAACCACCACCACCACCAGCGCGAUCUUCGUGACGCGAAGUCUACGAUGCCCUCGCAAAAGUUCGAACUGACAGACAUCUCAAGCAGUGAGACCAAUCUGACCAGCAUGCGAGAGGGCAGGACUGGCGGCUGCUACCUCAGCACGUUGGUGGGUUUCAUCUUCGUCCUGCUGGCGGCUGCCGUCGCUGUGGGAGUAGGAAUCAUCGUGCACUUUGCCGGCGGCAAUAGGGAGGUGAUCUGUAGAUGUGAACCUUCAUCGAGUGCGAUAUCAGCUGAGGCUAUCAAGAGUCAAUGCAUGGACAUGGCCAGCGCUAGGAACUCAGAAUUGUGUGAGUAAAAAAUAAUUUAACUAGAAAUGUCAAAGUAAAGAAAAACCUUAACUAGAGAUGUGCAAGUACACAAUAACUUAGCUAGAGAUGUGUAAGUACACAAUAACUUAGCUAGAGAUGUGUAAGUACACAAUAACUUAGCUAGAGAUGUGUAAGUACACAAUAACUUAACUAGAGAUGUGUAAGUACACAAUAACUUAACUAGAGAUGUGUAAGUACACAAUAACUUAGCUAGAGAUGUGUAAGUACACAAUAACUUAGCUAGAGAUGUGUAAGUACACAAUAACUUAGCUAGAGAUGUGUAAGUACACAAUAACUUAGCUAGAGAUGUGUAAGUACACAAUAACUUAACUAGAGAUGUGUAAGUACACAAUAACUUAGCUAGAGAUGUGUAAGUACAGAAUAACUUAACUAGAGAUGUGUAAGUACACAAUAACUUAGCUAGAGAUGUGUAAGUACACAAUAACUUAGCUAGAGAUGUGUAAGUACACAAUAACUUAGCUAGAGAUGUGUAAGUACACAAUAACUUAACUAGAGAUGUGUAAGUACACAAUAACUUAACUAGAGAUGUGUAAGUACACAAUAACUUAGCUAGAGAUGUGUAAGUACACAAUAACUUAACUAGAGAUGUGUAAGUACAAAAUAACUUAGCUAGAGAUAUGUAAAUGCACAAUAACUUAAGUAGAGAUGUGCAAGUACGAAAUGACUAGAAAAACCCGUCAAAAUCACGUACAAAAUAAAGUGUUUUAAACUGAUGACGUAGUUUAAGUUUGACGCCAAGUUUUUUUUAGUACUGCUUAAGAAAUAAAUAGGGAUUGAUCCAGUGAAGAAGAUGUGACAGAUGACAGAUGAGGCUUUUACAAUAUACCACAGGGUAAAACUUAUGACAGUUGCGAUGUCUUCAAAACACCAAGUGUCGAGUGUGUGACAGAUGUCAUGUCUGUCUUUACUAAACUAAUGUGUGACUGAUGACAUGUCUGUCAUUGCUACACGCCGUGAAGAAAAUUCUAUAGACAACAAGUUGUGUAUAAUUCAACUUGGAACGAGAGGCCACCAAAAAUGUGAGAAUCACUGGCAGUCUUCACUUUAAGUCCGUCCUUGUUAACGACACUCCGCUUGUACGACCGUCUCUCCGGCCGAAAAAAAUUACGUCCAUCCCUCUGUUGCCACAGCCCACAUAGGGCUUUGGCUUGCCUCACCACUUCCUUCCACUCAGAUCUAAUUGAUGCUUUUCUUAUACAUUCUUGGAUUCCCAGCUGCUGGUAGAUCUUUCUCCGCAUCAUCCAUCCAAAUAGGACAAUAUCUGACAUUGAGCUGUUUUCCUCUGAGAUUUUGGUAGUGCACCCUCUCCAGUCCUCUGUCAUUUGACAUUCUUUCAAAGUGUCCCGCCCAGCGUAGCCAAAGUGUCCCGCCCAACGUAGCCAAAGUGUCCUGUCCAACGUAGCCAAAGUGUCCUGUCCAACGUAGCCAAAGUGUCCUGUCCAACGUAGCCAAAGUGUCCUGUCCAACGUAGCCAAAGUGUCCUGUCCAACGUAGCCAAAGUGUCCUGCCCAACGUAGCCAAAGUGUCCUGUCCAACGUAGCCAAAGUGUCCUGUCCAACGUAGCCAAAGUGUCCACCCAACGUACCCAAAGUGUCCUGUCCAACGUAGCCAAAGUGUCCUGCCCAACGUAGCCAAAGUGUCCUGUCCAACGUAGCCAAAGUGUCCUGGCCAACGUAGCCAAAGUGUCCUGCCCAAAGUAGCCAAAGUGUCCUGUUCAACGUAGCCAAAGUGUCCUGCCCAACGUAGCCAAAGUGUCCUGGCCGACGUAGCCAAAGUGUCCCGCCCAACGUAGCCAAAGUGUCCUGUUCAACGUAGCCAAAGUGUCCUGCCCAACGUAGCCAAAGUGUCCUGCCCAACGUAGCCAAAGUGUCCUGUCCAACGUAGCCAAAGUGUCCUGGCCAACGUAGCCAAAGUGUCCUGCCCAACGUAGCCAGCCCUUUUUUUUAAAAAAAAUUUCUGCCACUAGUGUGGGAUCCUGACAUGGUCCAAAAAAGUCCUGUUUGGUUCCUAUUUUCCAUCCAUAUUCAUCCUUUGUUGAUCCACAUAUUUUCUGGAGAGCAUUUCUCUCCCAUGUGUUUAAUAGGUUUUCUGCCGUUUUUUUUAAUAGGGUCCAAGUUUCUCUUGCGUAUGUUACAACUGGUCUGAUUACAAUGUUAUGAAUAGUUUGUUUGUUUUUUCUUGUAAGGUUUUACUGAGUAUUUCUGACUACUGAAGUAGGCUUUGUUCCCGGCCGAUAAACUUUUUAAAAAUAUUUAUGUUAGUGUUUUCUUUAAUUUAAUAAAGAUCCUAGGUAUUUGAAUUUUUUCAAAAUGUGGAAUCUUAAUUUAAUGGUUUCACCUGCCUGUUCUUCUCUUAGCAUAGUCAUGUAUUUUUUAUUUAAUUGUUUUUUUGGUUGUUAACUUCCAGCCCAGCUUGUAGUGAUGCGUCUUCUAAUUCUUAAAGGUUUUUUGUAUAUUCAUAUAUUUUGGUCCAUAUGUCUAUAUAUGUAUGGGUGCUUGGUGGCCUUUUAAGAUUGUUAUGUCCUACUAUUGUAUGCAAAAAGCAGGCGUUUCUUUGUCGUCGAAGGACUUUAGACUUCAGGUUUGUCUUUGCCGUGUGUUCUACAGGUCGAUUUCUUAGUAACAAAGCAGUAGUAACAAAAAGUCUUGUUUCAGGCCAGAAAUGUUCAUCAAGUUCAUCAAGUGCAAUUAUGGUUUCUACGACAUCCACGCCACGGACGGCCGGGUCAACAGCAGCCACGACACCCAGCUCAAAGGUC